AUGCCCAACUUCAAAGCCAUCUUCACCAAAGCAUACUGGGCAUUUGCCAUCCUAGGCAUAAUAUGGGCAGCUUUCGUAGGGCUGUUAGUGAACCCUACGGCACAAAGACACGCUCUCUACGCCCAUAAGUUCCAGACUUCCUUCUUACAUAACGUUUCUAACCCUGAGGAAUUUGGAUUUGCGAAGGGCCAGGUUCAACCUUUCUGGCUUACUACUGCGGAUCAAGAGAAGCUGUUUUGCUGGCAUGUGCUUCCUUUAGAUGUUUAUCUUGAAAAUGAACACGAGCUUUACACUAAGGCUGUUUCAGGAGAAAUUGUAGAUGAGUUGAAGGGGACGGUUGGGGAGAAGCUGUUGAGUAGUGACCCGGAGAGCAGAGUCGUGGUUAACUUUCAUGGUAAUGCCGGUCACAUAGCCCAAGGACAUCGCCCAUCAGCUUACCGCUCCAUCUCCGGCAUCCCAAAAACUCACCUGCUUACCUGCGACUACCGCGGCUUUGGUCUAUCUACCCUAAACAAUGACCCUCACAUCCCUACGGAAACCGGUCUCAUAACUGACGCCACUUCCUUGAUAUCCUAUCUCAAUGACGACCUUGCUCACCCAAGCACCCGCACCGUCCUCCUAGGCCAAAGCUUAGGCACCGCCGUAACAUCAGCAGCAGCCCUCUACUUCACCCAACCAACAUCUGAACUAAUCCCUGCCAUCUCGCACCCAUCCACCAUGGCGAGUUCUAAACGGCAAUUUGAUGGGUUCGCUGGCAUAGUGCUAGUAGCGCCCUUUACCUCCUUGCCCCAACUCCUCAAGACAUACAAAAUUGGUGGCAUCUUCCCUGUCCUAAAACCACUACAAGCCUACCCCAGAAUAGCAAACUUUCUCACAUCUCGCAUCAUCGACCAAUGGCCCACACUUCUCCGUCUGCGGACUCUGAUCUCGGCACCUUCCAGCAAGAAGAACGGGUUCCACAUCACCCUCCUACAUGCGCGCAAUGACCAGGAUAUCACUUACUGGGAAUCCGAAGCCUUAUUCGGGCCACUGGCUUCUCAGAUGUUAGGAGAGGAAGGUGUCGUCGCAGAGGAAGAAAGAAGGACGAUUCAGGGUGGUGACAGAGUGAAGAGGGGGGCUUUUGCGUAUAAGAAGGUGGAGGAUGAUAAGGGGGAUAGAAUGGUGGAACUGGAGGUUGUGAGGUUUGGUGGGCACAAUGAGGUUGUUGGGUGGACGCAGGUUAGUCUUGCGGUCAGGAGGGCCUUUGCAAGAAAGACGUUGAGGCCGGGGUUGGACGUGGAGUAA